CCCGCCUGCAUUGUUAUCGGCACGGCUCCGAGUCCUCAGCAAUAAUGCAUCCGAACCGGUGUCGGGGUAGAAAUGUCCCGCGACGGGCUUUCAAAAGGAGUAUGGGUUUCACAAGAUCACUGAGCCGUGUUUCUUCCUGAGAUUAUUCUUGUGAUACCCGCUUCAGUCCAUCUAACCUCAUUGCUACCCUCGAAGACCAUGUCUAAGAUUGCCUCCACCUUUUCGCGCCUUGUGCGCUUUGUUCCAAGAUCCAACCCUGCUAAGAUCCUGAUCGGUGAGCCAGUAGAUCCGCAGGUGGAUGUUGGUUUGGCCGUCUACCAGGGCAAGGAUGUCUCCGUACGACCAUUCACCGGCACAUCUGUUCUCAACCCAGGCCAGAAGACCGACACAACAGAGACAAUCGAGCGGAUCCUUUCUCCUCUGGCGCAGAGCGAGGUUGGAUCCAUUCGAUGCAUUGGAUUGAAUUAUGUCUCGCACGCUGCAGAGAUGAAGCUGGCUAUUCCCGAUGUACCAACUCUCUUUCUGAAGCCGUCCACCGCGCUUGCGGACCCAUGGCCGGCACCGACUAUUCUUCCCAAGAUCACACAGGUCGACAACACGGGCGAUUACGAGUCAGAAAUGGUCAUUGUCAUUGGCCGUGAUGCGAAAGAUGUCAGCGAGGCAGAGGCUCUGGACUACGUUCUUGGUUAUACCGCCGCCAAUGAUGUUUCCAGCCGGACAUCACAGAUGAACCAAAGCCAGUGGUCUUUCUCCAAGGGCUUCGAUACCUCAUGCCCCAUUGGACCUGUCCUUGUUUCCUCGGCCCUUAUCCCUGAUGCCAGCAAGCUUCACAUCCGCGGCUUGAAGAACGGCCGAGUCAUGCAGGACUGCCCUCUGACUGAUUUGAUUUUUAUCGUCCCCCAACUCGUCAGCUUCUUGUCGCAGGGAACGACUCUACCUGCCGGUACCAUUAUCCUGACAGGCACUCCUCCCGGUGUCGGAGCGGCCAAGAACCCCAAGGAGUUCUUGACGGCAGGUGAUGAGUUCGCUGUCGAACUACUCCCUCAUGUCGGAACACUGAUCACGAAGGUCGAGCACCAGGAAUGAUUCGGAGAAUGUGUCCGGUAGAAUCGUCGAUGACCAGAAGGAUUGGACAUGCUAUCCGCAUCGUAUAAUUCUCACAAAACGAGAAAGAAGCUGAGCCAAAGGCCAACAGCAUCAAUCGAAGUCCUGCGAAGAAUUGGAUAAUUGCUAGGUG